GCAGGGUCUCUCGAUCCCCAGGGGUGGUCCUCCCCGACUUGGGGACGACAGAGUCCCCUACACCCACUUGGGUGGGAAUUGCUGCUCACUGGCUGUUCAGAUCCAGACUGGGGCACCCGCAUGCUGUCAGGGUUUGGGCACACGAGUGUGUUGGGGGCAGCAGGCUGGGGCACCCCCAGGAUUAUAGGGCAUACAGGUCCUGUGGUGAGAGUUGAAUUCUGCCUCCCUGCACCCCAAGCCCACAGCCUGGGAGGCUUAUAUGCCUGAGAGGUGGGCAAGGGGGCUUAGUGGCUUCCAGACCCCUCCAGUAAGUCAAAUUUAAUUAAAAGCCUUAGGGUCCCUACAGUGUCCCCCCUGAAUGGUGGCCUGGACACAGCAGGGACAAACCCCCUAUUUGUAAUGGUGCCCUCAUCAAAGGCAGAGACGGUGCCUUGCAGGAUACCAGAGGGGGUGGGGGAUUCAUUACAGGCACAGAACUGGGACCCAGCCUUGGAAAGCCCAGGUAUCUGUCGAAACAUGAACUAUUUAAAUCUAUUAAGAAUUUCACCCAGCCUGUCUUUAUCCGGUUUUAAGUGCUUAGAUUCCAGCUCCCCGGCGUGCUGUCCGGGCUAUCAUUCAUUAUCUGAGGCUACUCGUCUCCACAUUUUCACACUCUUUUGACCCCUAAAAUAAAGCUCUCCAUAAGCCUUUCCCCUCACGGUCCCCUGCCUGCCCACCAGUGAUUUAUUCCACGUCUCCAUUCCCUUUGCUAGCCCUGGCUCCAGGGGUGCAGUGGGGGCCUUUGUGAGUAUAAAUGCUGCUGUUAUAGUCAGUUGUACAUCAGCUGAGAGUUUGUCCCUGGAGCCCAAGCACUGUGUUUAUUGCCAGGCAAGGGUUUAACAUGGGUUUGAGAGGGACUUGCCUUGGUUUUUUUGCUAGAGGAGGGGAGAGAGAGGUAGGGCAAGCUCUGGCCAAAGCAGGGUGCUUGUGGAGGGUCUCCAUGCUCCCUGCCACCCAUCUCAGGGUAGAUGUGCCAUUGCAGGGCAUAUGCCCUCCUGCUGCCUGAGACCUGCUGUUUUUCCCUGGCUCUCAGACACACACACAGCUGUCCCUUCAGCUGUCUGUGCUUUCUCUGCCCCAUCCUCAUCAAUAUUUCCAAGCUCAUGCCCUGUGCUCCAGCUUCGAGGAUAUCUGCCCAUGGCUGGAGCAGAUAGAGAUGAAGCAGAAGCUCAUUUUACCUUCAUUUCAGGGGCAGGCAGACAGCACCAACAAGGGCAGGGUCUUGGGGUACCGGUGCCCCUUGCCCCAGCUGCUCAGAGCUGCAUCUCACCAUGGGGUCUGGGUCCUGCUGGUGCCAUGUGUGCACUGGCAGCACCAGCUUGGGGAGAUUAGCAGGAUUUGGCAGAGGAGGGCAAAGGGUCAAACUUGUUUUUUCUUCUUUUAAAAAAGAAGAAGAAAGAGAACCUUUAUUUUAAGAAUAAUAACUCAGCUGCCUGAAGCACGGUGAAUUCACUGGGCAGUGCAGUGGCUUCAGAGAGAUCACCAGCUCACACUCUGCUUCACUCUGGAGCCAGUGGCGGGCGGACGAGGCCACCAGCACCACCAAACGGACAUGCCAGGCUUCCCGGGACAGGGCAGAGGAGCAGCUGGAUGGUUCAUGAACUGCUUCCCUCAGAGUCUGGGGAUUUGGCCCCUGGCUGAGAUCAUCUCAGGGAGCCCUUCCUGUGUUGGGGGAGAGGAGUCUGGGUGCUGCCUAGUCCCCUGAGCCAGCUCAUGACAGGCACCUUCCCAUGUGUCUGCUCCUGGUACUGGUCCCCUCUCCCAGGCCUGGGUAGCACUGGUGUCUGUGGGCUUUGCUGUUGGUGGGGAGGGGUUCAGGGGUGCAGCUGUGUGUUGUGCCAGAGUUCCUGGAAGCCCCAGGACUGGUGGCAUUGAUGGAGUUGUUCCUUGCUGUCACUGUCACUGAUGCAUAGGGACUUCGGUGGCACACCUUUGUGUGUGCAUCACUGGGCACUCGUGGGUGCUUGCCCAAGGGAGCAUUUUUCCCUGGCCAAGAAAGAAAUGUCUUUACAAUUUCCCCAUCCCACCCCCGAGUGCAUUAUCUGGGUGGUGGUGGUGAUACAGGGGUUACCUGAACCAAUUUUUUCCACCACUGACGACCUAAUUUGUGAGAGUGGCACGGUGGGCUGUAGCUGGGCUGGAUGUCAAGAGGCCUGGCCACUCAGGGGUGGUAACUGUGCCCACUGGGAUUCUGGCAGAUGGCUGCAUCUACGGAAAAAGAUUCAGGUAUGAGGUACAAGCACUGACAUCCUGCUAGUGACCUUGUAGCUUGAGAAAGAGCAUCCUCAUUGUGUUAGAAUGUCCCCAGAGAGUUCACUGAAGACACAGACCUUUCCAUGGCAAAAGGGAGCAGGCUGUGGUCAGUGCCAAUGGAAGAUACAUCACUCACAUGCUGUUGGCACCUUGGUUAGUGCCAAGCUGCAGGGAGUAGGCUCUCCUUGCUCCCACCAGCUCUGUAAAUUCUCUUUCUUGCUCUUCCCCUAUUCUUUACACAUUUCUUGCUCAGCUCCUUGUGCAACAGUGUUUUCUCUCUGAGCAGGACAGGUAGGGACUGCCUGGGGCUCCUGGGCUGGCCCAGAGGGUGCAGAGAUACAGAGCAGGCAAACUUAGUGUCUGAGGAGCCCCAGGCAGGUUCAGAGCAGGAUUUCAGCCAAGCCGGUUUGCAGUUGGGCUGUGCUUGCAGGAACAGAGGCACUGUGGGGAUGGGGGCAAGCAAAGCCAGCUUCCCCGGUGCCUGUUGGCUCUCCACAGGCAUGGCUGAGAGAAGCUGGGAGAUGGAAGAGAAAGCAGGGCAGAAAAUCAUCCCAGCUGAAAUGUGCUCUGCUCCAGCUGUGGGUCUGAGGGGCUCAGAAGGAUGGACAUCUGCCCUCCAUCCCCUUCCCAUCCACGCACAAGGGCAGUGCACCUCCAGAUUUUCAUGGGACUUCUUCAGAGGUGCCCAGGGGACCCAUCCACCAGCCCCUGUGGCUGCACCCUUGCUUUAGGGGGUCCCAGUCCCACGUCUCUCGAGCCACACACCCUGGGUGGUUUCAUGCAACAGUGGUCUCUCCUCUCUCACUGCCCUGCCCAGCAGCCACACUGCAAGGCCAGAGCCUGUAAGGGCAGGCUGCUGGGCUGGAGGGCCCUGCCUGUGUGCCUUGGGGUGAGCAUUGUGAGUCACCCCCUGGGCUUGCUGACCCACAGUUGCUACCCCACGGCGCCCAACAGACCGGGCUGUCCAGCCAUCCCAGGCAUGCCUUCUGCCCUGGAGCAGCACCAUAUGGGCAGAAAUGAAUCUCCCAGCAGGGGAGCCCCUGCCUGGUGCCAUCUCCCUGUGCCCUUGCUGGGGCAGCUGCUGUCUUGCUGGGUUUUUCAAAGGGACAGUGUUCCUCUUGCACUCUUUGAGAUGACUACUGGCUCCCAUUGGGCUACUUGUUUUCUCCCACAAAGGCUGCUGGGCUUUCCCCAGUGCCAUCCCUUGUCCCUGCUCCUGAUCACGUCCACUCUCCCAUGGUGACACCCAGGCUCCCCAGCCAUGCCCUACACAAACUGGAGAGUUUGUCUGGGCUUUGCAUCAGAGGCUUGACCCAUUCAAACACCCCUUGUGUGGGAGGGUACUGGGCAGAGCUGGGCACACCCUGACACCUGCUCAAGCUUUGCAGGGUCCUGCCACAAAAUGUGGCACCCACAUUUGGGCAUGAACUAGCCAAGCCCUCAUGCUACCCCAGCUCCAGCCUCUGUCAGCACCUGGAGGAAGGACACAGUGACCACAAGUGGGUGGACUUCUUUCUUCUUAUCCCAGCCCUUCCAGGGUUUGGACAUGGCUUUAGGACCACCACCUCUGCAGGUGCAUUCUCCCUCCAUCCCCCCAGUACCUGUAGCACAAGUUUGGGCAGCUCCUGCUCACGAGAGCCUGGCCUCAGCAUGACCCUGCAGCUAGCAGGUCCAUGGGUUGACGCAAUGCCAUGCCAAAGCCUCUUUUCUUUAGGCAGCUUCCCAGCUGUUUGCAUGCCAUCCUUGCCAAGGAGGCGUAAGGAGGAGGGCAGGGAAUGGGGUCCCCCUUCUCCUCCCAACCCACGGCAUUUCCUGCUCCCUCAGUGCCCUGGGUGCUGCUCGGCAGCCAAACCCUGGCUGUGCCCCCCAGGCCAGUGACUUGCUGCUUACUCACCACACCCUCAUGGGCCUCCUGCUCUGUUUCCACACCUGGCUGCCCCGGUUAGUGGCAGCACCCACGCAUCGCCCCAGGUGAGGGGCCGAGUGCCCGCCACAUGCCUGCAUGGGCUGCAGGGAAAGCUGGAUGGGUGAAAAUUCAUCCAUGUGUCCCCUUUGCCCUGUUAGCACAGCUUGGAAAGAGAUGGGCUCCCUGUGGGUUUGACUUCCUCGUAGGCUGUCACUCAGUGUGACAUCAUUGUGCCUGGCGUGAGGUGACCUAUGUCCCUAGGGAUGGAGGUCAUUUCUCCAGGGCUGUCAUCCUGCAGUUCUUACCUCUCCAGGUGGGUGCAGAAUUACCUGUGGGCUCAGAGUGAUGACCCGGGUACCCCAGAUAACCAUGCAUCACCCUCCUGGGGGCUUCCACAGGCUGGGAUAGAGACCUGCAUGCGAGGCAAGACACAGCCUUACUACUCCAGAGCGGAGUCCCCUUGCCACAUGGGAGUGCCUAGGCAGCAGUACCAAUGGGUGCAGACCUGUCAGGUCCCACAUGGAUUUGUCAUGGCCCAGCCACUGCUCUCCCUUGGGGCUUCAGGGCCAUCAGGACCAAAGCAGGUAUUUUUCACCCAAGAUGCAGGUGCCACUUUUAAAAGCUGACUAUCCUCUUGCUCACUGCAUGGUUCUGCCAGCCUCACUCCCUUGGCUUCCUGCAAACCAGGACCCCACUGGCUCCCCUCCAUAACAGUCUGCUGGCAGGGAUCAGAGGUCCUGCUCCACAUCAUCCCCACGCCCAAGGAGAACAUGGCGACUUGGCCCAGUCUCCUUUGUCCAUGAUUUUGGCUGGGAAUGAGACUGGGACAUACUGGAAGCUCCAUGACUAUGAGCUGAGCUGGAAAAAGAUGGUGAUUAUGGCUCUUAGGAACCCUCGGCUCUGUUGCAGCAGGCACAGCAUCCAAGGGUUGCAUCAGAAGCCCCAGUGACUCCUGUUUGACGUGUGUCACUGGGACUGGGCUCAGGCUGCAGCUGUGGCAGCCUUAGGGGUACCAGCAGCAAGUGGGCAGUGGUUUGCAGACUCUUUUCUGUGCCUCAGUUUCCCCUUUCAGCAAUGGGGGUUGUUUCCCUUACACAGGAGUGCUGGAAGGUUGGAAAGUGGGACUCAUCAUCCCAUUGGCUUUCAGGGCAAGACAGCAGCCCCCCAGCAGCAGUUCUGGCAGCCAGAAAAGGGCACCAGGGGCAGGCAGGAGGGAUGCUGCUGUGCUGCCGAGCCUGGUGGGGGCUCCCAGGCAGGAGGCGGUGGGGGGGGCCGGGGUGCCCCAGGCAAGUUGCGGGGAGCCGGGCUGGCGACCCUGUUCCUUCACCAGGGCAGGGGGAGGAGUGCCCGGCGGCAGAGGUGGGGCACCUUAAUUGUAGAUGCGGGAGGCCUUGGAGCGGGACAAGCUCAGGCAGAUCUGGGCCCUGUGCCGGAGCCCUUGCCAAAGUGGUAGCAGUUUGGCAGCAUUUUUCUUGCCCUUGUCUCCCCCCAUUCUCCCCCGCCUCUGAACCCUCCAAAGCAAAACAGCUCUUGGGCUCCCGGCAGCCUCCCUGUGCCAGAAAGUGAAGCCCAGCGGAAAUUAAUAUCGCGCUGGACUUAGGCAGCCCACCCCACGCCUCGCCGGCAUGGACAGAAAGCUCCCGUGCUCUCCCGCCAGCCUUGCUGCCGCCUGGACCAUGGGUGGGGACCUCCGCGGUGCCGGUGAGCCGCCCACCGCCCCCCAGACCCGCGGGGCUGAGAUCUUCUUCCCGGCCUGAUCCAGCGGGCCGGGGUGAGCCACAGUUCAGUAUUUGAUCUGACGGCCCCAGGGGGCUGGCGCAUCGUUUUUAUACAAGUACAAAGAGUCAUCUCUUAAUGAAAGUCCCAUCUCUGCUCCCCCUCUUCCCCACCCCACCGGCGGAGGCAGCCAAACCUCCGCCAUCCUGCUGUAGAUGUUGGGAGCCCAUGGUCACAAAGGACAGCAAACUUGGAGACCGACAUGGAGGCUUGGAUCCCUGUGUGGUCAUCGUGGAAUGGGACCGGACAGAUUUUCCAGUCACUUUCCAUGUGGGCCUCAGUUUCCCCAUCUAUGGGGGACCUGUGCCAGGCAAGCUCCGCAAUGCUUCCCUAGCUGCCCCAUCCCUUUGCAGAGGUGCAUAAGAAUUGUGCAGCAAAGGGAAACUGAGCUGCCAGGAGCAAAGGGAGAUGGGUUCUCCCCAGCAGGAGUGUGGGCUUGCCUCAGUUUCCCUGCUGGAAAUUCCCUUUCCAGACUAGGCCUCUCUGUUGAGCUCUUUAACCUUUAAACCUCCAGCCAAAGCAUAAGGGCUCCUUUUCCAGGCUGUGUGAGAAGGCACGUCCUCUCCAAGCCCAGCUGGGGUCUGGUGGGCAGGAGAUCCAGGCAGCUGGGGAGCCUUACAUGAGGCAGGGUGAUCCUGGCAGGGCCUUGAGCUUCAAACAAGGAGCUUGGAGGGGGUUUGCACUGGGGACAGGAUUGCAAGCAGAGUACUGCAGCCUGGUGUCCCAAACACAGCCCCCCAGCUGCACGAGAGUGAAAAGGAAACCCAGAACACAGUUAAACACUAAGAUUCAGCUUGUGAUUUUUGAGCCCCUGGGGCUUGGCCAGACUAUAAAGCUCUGGGUUUGGAAGCAGAGUGUAGCUGAUGCUCUCCAGUGAGUGGGGCUGAAGGCAGCACGAGCAGCCCAAGCACUGCUCCCCAGGGAAUCCCAGGGAAUGUAGCCUCCCAAUCAUCGGGCAUCUCUUGGUCCUGGGGUAUGCUGAGUCCAGCCCUAAGGUUCUGUGGGCAUCCAUGGCCACGGAAAUCAUGUUGUUGAGCAAGAUGAGCUCUGAGCCCACAGGAGCAGUGCUGGAGGUAAGGGUGGGCUGAGUGGGGCUGUGUUUAGGGUGUGCUAAAUUCGUGUGGCCCAUGGCUCCGGAGUUGCCCAUGGCAGAACUGGAGCAGUGCCUGUGUCAGCACGAGGCAGGGUGCUGGCAGGCUGUGCAGCUGCAUGAGCUGUGCUGGGGAGGGCACUCCGGGCAAAAUGUGUGGGGAAAGUACAGGAGUUUCUGUAGCCAGUGGCACACCAGGGAGCACAGCGUUGUGCUCAGACUUUGCCUCCAGGCUACCAAGGAGCCAGGCACCUCUCUCCAGCUGUGCUGGCAAGGAGGAGCUGCCUCUGACAUGGGCCGAGCCAAGACUUGCCCUUCCUCACUGGCAUUGGCAGAGCUGGCGAUGCCACCUGCAUCCCUUCCUUGCACUCCCGCACCCGCCUGCAGCUCCAUUCCCUGGACUCAGUGCCUGGAUUUGGGGAGGUGAGUACAGGAUCCUGGCCAGCAGCCGAGGGGCUUUAUCACAUGCAAGGUCACUCAUCUAGUCUCCCACGGGGUAAAGCAGCAAGCCUCCGUGGAGAGGGGGAGACACACCAAGAAUGCUGGCUGGGCUCCUUGCUGUGUCCACAGCUCUGGGGGAUGCAGCUGCAUGGGGCAUCAGUCACAUGGCAAUGCCAGGGCUCAGUUGGGUCAGUGCCAACCCCAAAGAGCAGGUGCUGAGUAGCACGAUAUUUCUGCCAUCUCCCAUCGGGGACACACCAUCACCCCCAUGGAUGUCCCCAAGGAUGUAGAGUAGUAUGUGCCAGCAUCAUCCUACAGCCAGUCCCGUGGCUGGAGAUCCCCUCCAUUCCCUGACUGGAUGGAGAGGGCAAGGUAUUGCCUGGGUGAUCCACCCAUACCUAUUGUCCUGCCCCUGCCACAUACCACUCUCCAUCCCCUUGUCACCCGGGCUCAGCAUGGAGCUGGCACUGCCCUGCAGCCCUGCUCUGUCCCUGAGGCUAGAUCUGGUCAUGUCCCAUCCACACCCCGGUGUCUCCUGGGCUUGAGUGCUGGUUUUGCUCUGCUCGCUGUCCCCUCCUGCAGGGCAGUGGGGAGCCCCCUGGUCAUGGACCCCAACAGCAUCUGCCGCAAGACGAAGCGGCUGGCAGGGAAGCAGGCAGAGCUGUGCCAGCUGGAGCCAGAGAUUGUGCAGGAGGUGGCCAAGGGCACCAAGCUGGGCGUCCGGGAGUGCCAGUACCAAUUCCGCUUCCGCCGCUGGAACUGCACCAGCCACAGCAAGUACUUCGGCAAGAUCCUGCAGCAGGAUAUCCGUGAAACAGCCUUCGUGUAUGCCAUCACGGCGGCGGGGGUGAGCCACGCCAUCACGCAGGCCUGCAGUAUGGGCGAGCUGCUGCAGUGCGGCUGCGAGCUGACACGGAGCCGGGCCCCCCCCUCGCCCACAGCGGGGCCAGGCACAGAGGGCACCGCCUGGGAGUGGGGGGGCUGUGGGGAUGAUGUGCAGUUCGGCUACGAGAAAUCCCAGCAGUUCAUGGAUGCCAAGAACAAGAAAGGCAAAAAUGACAUCCGAGCCCUUAUCGACCUGCACAACAACGAAGCCGGGCGCUUGGCGGUGCGCAGCUACAUGAGGACAGAGUGCAAAUGCCACGGGCUGUCGGGCUCCUGCACCCUGCGGACCUGCUGGAGGAAGAUGCCCCAUUUCCGUGAGGUGGGGGAUCGCCUGCUCGAGCGCUUCAAUGGGGCUUUCAAGGUGAUGGGAGGCAACGACGGGAAAACCCUCAUCCCUGUGGGUGACAACAUCAAGCCUCCCGAUAAACAGGACCUCAUCUACUCGGCUGACUCACCUGAUUUCUGCUCGGCUAAUCGUAAGACAGGCUCACUGGGCACCAGGGGCCGCGUCUGCAACAGCACAGCCAUGGACACGAGUGGGUGCGACCUGCUGUGCUGCGGGAGAGGGCACCGAGACGAGACGGUGGUGUUGGAGGAGAACUGCCUUUGUCGCUUCCACUGGUGCUGUGUGGUGCAGUGCCGCAAGUGCUCCGUCCGUCAGGAGCUCAGCCUCUGCAUCUGACAGCCUGAGGUCAGGCAAGGACAGUUUGGGAGACCACCUCCAAGCUCACAAGGCCCUCCUGGGACAGAGACAGGAGGAGCCGGUGGCAGGGUCAGCAUGGGUGAGCCCAGCUCUGCGCUCCGGGGAGUCCUGCCUUCCCCAGAGGGCAGCAUGGGGCUGCCUGGCUUCCCCACGGCCCCCGCGGUGGGAGCUGUGGGCACAGAGCUUCCACUAAUAAAGCUAUUUAAAGCUGG